AUGUCGCCCAUGCAAGACCGCGUCAUUCCCCUGGACACCUGGCCACGCCGUGCGGCGCUGGCGCAUUUCCGACACAUGGCCCAACCGGCCUUCAGCGUCACAGCGCCCGUGGACGUCACCGGCCUGCGCGAGCGCGCGGCGCGUCACGGCGCCACGCCGUGGCUGGCUUACCACCAUGCCGCGCUCGAAGCGGCCAACAGCAUCGACGGCAUGCGCCAGACGCUGACCGACGAAGGUCGCGGCGUGCUCGAGUUCGAUGCCAUCCAUGCCAGCACCACCGUGCUGCGGGAUGACGGCAGCUUCGGCUUCCUGACGAUGCCGCGCGACCCGUCGCUCGCGGCGUUCGCAGCGCGCGCCAAGUCGCAUCUGCCGCGCGUGCGCGCUGCCACGGGUGACCUGUUCGCCGCGGACGAGCCCGGCGGUGUGCGCGAAGCGACCCUUGUGCACAUGACCGCCUUGCCCUGGUUCGCGUUCACCGCGUUCACGCAUGCGCGAGGGCAGGGCGACGACCGCCCCAAGAUCGCGUUCGGCCGGUUCACGCCGCAGGGCGAGCGUCUGCUGAUGCCCGUCGCCGUGGACGUGCACCACGCGCUGUGCGAUGGCGUGCACGUCGGCCGCUUCUUCGAGCAGUUCCAGGCACAGCUCGACGCGAUCUGA